AUGUCGAAGCCCGAGGCCGCGAACGAGGGCAUGUCCGCCACCCAGAAGCGCAACUAUGCCCUGCUUCUGGCGGCCGGUAUGCUGGUUACCGGUACCAUGAACACCCUCUUCACCAAGUUCCAGUCCCUGCAGUCCUUCGAGUGCGCCGACCCGGCCAACCCCUAUGACUGUGACAAGUGUCCGGAGGAUGCCCCGGACGGCACUUGCGUUCCUUUCGAGCAGCCGGUCCUGCAGACUUUCACCAUGUUCCUGGGUGAGUUCAUCUGCUUCAUCGUCUACUACAUCCUGCGCUACUUCAACAAGCGCAAGGCCGCCCAGGCCGGCACCGUCUACGACGAUGGCAACAUGCUUGUCGGGUACGUUCACCACCGGCCGCGGCGGGCACAUCUCGAUCUGCAUGCCUGCUUGUUCCCUUCCAUUCCGGCACCCACGUCCGCACCUGGGCCCUCGGGCCCGAGGGCCCGUCCGUUGGCCUCUCCGUGA